GGGGUAAGUGAAUCUCAGAUCUGGGUGGUGGCUAUAAAUAAGGCGAAACCCGCUCUCACAAAACUCGCACUCUGUUCUCUGCUUCAAUUCACGCUCUCUCAUUUCAGAGUUGAAGCUACACAGAGAACUGGUCUCUUAUCUUAACGCUACCCGAAAGAACAAUGGCUUCGCAUAUUGUUGGAUACCCUCGCAUGGGCCCCAAGAGAGAGCUCAAGUUCGCUCUUGAGUCCUUCUGGGAUGGCAAGAGCAGCGCCGAGGAUUUGAAGAAGGUUGCUGCUGAUCUCAGGGCAUCCAUCUGGAAACAGAUGGCAGAUGCCGGGAUCAAGUACAUCCCCAGCAAUACUUUCUCUUACUACGACCAGGUUCUGGAUGCCACUGCCACCCUUGGUGCUGUCCCUCCCCGUUAUGGCUGGACCGGCGGUGAGAUCGGGUUUGACACCUACUUUUCUAUGGCCAGGGGUAACGCCACCGUCCCUGCAAUGGAGAUGACCAAGUGGUUCGACACCAACUACCACUUCAUUGUCCCUGAGUUGGGCCCCGAAGUGAAGUUCACAUAUGCCUCCCACAAGGCAGUUGAAGAGUACAAGGAGGCCAAGGCGCUUGGAGUUGAAACUGUCCCAGUCCUCAUUGGCCCAGUUUCAUACUUGUUGCUCUCCAAGCCUGCCAAGGGUGUUGAGAAGACCUUCUCUCUCCUCUCACUUCUCCCCAAGGUCCUCGCCGUCUACAAGGAAGUCAUUGCUGACCUUAAGGCAGCUGGAGCUACAUGGAUCCAAUUUGAUGAGCCUACCCUUGUGUUGGACCUUGAUGCUCACAAGUUGCAAGCAUUUACUGAUGCAUAUGCAGAACUUGCACCUGUUCUCUCUGGCUUGAAUGUUCUUAUUGAGACCUACUUUGCUGACAUCCCUGCUGAGACAUACAAGACCCUUACAUCUCUGAAUGGUGUCACCGCAUAUGGAUUUGAUUUGGUCCGUGGAACUCAGACUAUUGAUUUGAUCAAGGGUGGAUUCCCCAGUGGAAAAUACCUCUUCGCUGGAGUUGUUGAUGGAAGGAACAUUUGGGCUAAUGAUCUUGCUGGUUCUCUCAGCACACUGCAUGCUCUUGAAGGCAUUGUCGGCAAAGAUAAGCUUGUUGUAUCCACCUCCUGCUCACUUCUUCACACUGCUGUUGAUCUUGUUAAUGAGACCAAGUUGGAUGAUGAGAUCAAGUCAUGGCUAGCUUUUGCAGCCCAAAAAGUUGUUGAAGUAAAUGCUUUAGCUCAUGCAUUGGCUGGUCACAAGAACGAGGCCUUCUUCUUUGCCAACACUGCCGCCCAAGCUUCAAGAAAGUCAUCCCCAAGAGUGACCAAUGAAGCUGUUCAGAAGGCUGCUGCUGCGUUGAAGGGUUCUGACCAUCGCCGUGCCACUAACGUCAGUGCCAGAUUGGAUGCUCAACAAAAGAAGCUUAACCUUCCAAUCCUCCCAACUACCACCAUUGGAUCCUUCCCUCAGACCCCCGAGUUGAGGAGGGUGCGCCGUGAAUUCAAGGCUGGAAAGAUCUCUGAGGAAGAAUAUGUUACAUCAAUCAAGGAGGAAAUCCGCAAAGUUGUUGAACUCCAAGAAGAGCUUGAUAUUGAUGUCUUGGUCCAUGGAGAGCCUGAGAGGAAUGAUAUGGUUGAGUACUUUGGAGAGCAGUUGUCAGGUUUUGCCUUCACUGUUAACGGGUGGGUGCAAUCCUAUGGAUCUCGCUGUGUGAAGCCACCAAUCAUUUAUGGUGAUGUGAGCCGCCCCAAGCCAAUGACAGUCUUCUGGUCAUCCGCUGCUCAGAGCAUGACCAAACGCCCAAUGAAGGGAAUGCUUACUGGCCCAGUCACCAUUCUCAACUGGUCCUUUGUCAGAAACGACCAGCCAAGAUCGGAGACCACCUACCAGAUUGCUUUGGCCAUCAAGGAUGAAGUCGAAGACCUUGAGAAGGCUGGCAUUAAUGUUAUCCAAAUUGAUGAGGCUGCUUUGCGUGAGGGUCUCCCAUUGAGGAAGUCAGAGCAAGCUCAUUACUUGGACUGGGCCGUCCACGCCUUCAGAAUCACCAACGUCGGUGUUCAGGAUACCACCCAGAUCCACACCCACAUGUGCUACUCCAACUUCAACGAUAUUAUUCACUCCAUCAUUGACAUGGAUGCUGAUGUUAUCACCAUUGAGAACUCUCGUUCUGAUGAGAAGCUUCUUUCAGUGUUCCGUGAAGGAGUUAAGUAUGGUGCCGGUAUUGGCCCAGGUGUGUAUGACAUCCACUCCCCAAGGAUUCCACCAACCGAGGAGAUUGCCGACAGGAUCAACAAGAUGCUUGCAGUGCUGGAGAAGAACAUCUUGUGGGUCAACCCUGACUGUGGUCUCAAGACCCGUAAGUACACUGAGGUGAAGCCAGCCCUCACCAACAUGGUUGCUGCUGCCAAACUUAUCCGCAACGAGCUUGCCAAGUGAAUUCCAUAAAUGAAAGACCGGAAUUCCGGGUUUUAUACAAGAAAAGGAAAAAUUUUCUGUGUUGUUUUUUUCAACAAUAACUGUGUGUGGAAUAUUUAGGUGUUUAGCAUGCUCUAUGAGCCAUUAAUUUUCUUUCUCCUCCUUUCCCCCAAUAUUAUAUGUUUCUCACGGUGUUUUUGUAUCUUCGGGCUCUGCCCCCAACGUUUAUUAAUGCAAUUUUUACAAGUUUUGCUUUUGCAAAUAAGCA